AUGCAGGUCAUUUUGUUUGCGGGAGGGAUCGGGACUGGUUUGUUCGUUGGUACGGGGGCAACUUUGAGUACUUGUGGACCUGCGCCGCUAGUGAUGGCUUUUUGUGUUACCAAUUUCUUUUUAUGGAGCUUGAUGAACCAAUUGGGAGAGAUGGUCUCUUUUAUUCCUUUGAAUGGUGAGACAACUCUCUAUGCAUUGAGCAGGAGAUAUGCCAGCAAGUCUUUAUCCUUCGUAGCGGGAUGGAAUUUGUUUUAUGCCCAAGCUAUCAUCGCACCUGCGGAGAUAACAGCGUGUGCAUUCGUUAUACAGUACUGGACAGAUUUAAACCCAGCAAUUUUUAUCACUAUAUUUUUGGUUCCUACCAUUGCAGUCAACUUGCUUCCAGCUAAAUAUUUUGGGGAGGCCGAAUUCUGGGUUGCGAGUAUAAAAAUUAUUUGCUUAAUAGGUUUGAUAAUUGUUGGAAUAGUGAUUUUUUUUGGUGGGGCUCCAAAUCUGCAUGGUGUCUUGGGUUUUCAUUACUGGAAAGAUCCCGGCUCCUUUACAAACAGCCUCUUUUCAGGAAAUCUAGGUAGAUUUUUGUCAUUUUGGUCAGCUUUAGUCAAAAGUGGAUUUAGUUUCAUUUUGGUUCCGGAAUUACUUACUUCCUUUGCCUCGGAAGUAAAAUAUCCUAGGGAAAAUAUGCCAAAAGCGUGUUCAAAGUUUUUCUAUCGUUUAUUGAUAUUCUUCACAGUGGCACCUCUUGUCAUAAGUGUGAUUGUUGCUUCUAAUGACAGCAGGCUUAUGGAUGCGGUGACUUCUGGAAAAUCAUCCGCAGCGGCAAGUCCUUUUGUCAUCGGUAUACAAAAUGCUGGGAUUCCUGUUUUAAAUCACAUCAUUAAUGCUUGUAUUUUGACUUCUGCUCUCAGUUGUGGGAAUUCAUUUCUUUUCGCUUCAUCUAGAGUAUUGCACUCAUUGGCAUUAAAGGGUGAUGCACCUAAAAUAUUUUCGAGAACAACCCGUUCUGGUGUUCCUAUUUAUGCUGUUUCACUACUGUCUUUGAUCGCGCUUUUGGCUUAUCUUAAUUGUUCCAAUUCUGCAAGUACGGUGUUUAACUGGCUUACCAAUAUUGCAACAAUAUCUGGGUUUAUAAGUUGGAUUUUCGUUUCAAUAACAUACAUCAGAUAUCGAAAAGUAAUAAGUUUUCUUGGCUUGGAUGAUAGGGUUCCUUUUAGAACACGUUUCAUGUAUCCGAUUGCUUUUGUCACCAUGACAUUUUUCACAAUUCUUUGUUUAACAAAUGGCUACACUGUUUUCAUUCGAGGUAACUGGAAUGUGAGUAAUUUUGUUGCUGCGUAUAUUAGUAUUCCUAUUGUUAUUGUACUAUAUGUUGGAGGGCGUGCCUUAAAACGGGAAAGAGAGAACUUUUACGAUCCUGUAACCGUAGAUGUUUUGUCAGACCUUGAGGAGGUUGAGACUUCGUGUACAGAAAAAGAGCCUAAAAGAAACAAGAUUGUGAGUUGGUUGCUUUGA